AUGGAACUUGUUUCAGAUUCCUUAGAUACUGAGAUGUAUAACACUAGAGAAUGCUCUUCCUCGAAUGUAAUAGGAAUGGAUGUUGCAAGUGAAGAUUUAACAGAAAAGGAGAAUUGCUUUAACAUUUUAAGAAGCCAUGGACUUCUUAGAGGAGAUAGUGUUAUAGAUAAUGUUGUUUCCAUUGAAGAUGUUGUUACCAUUGGAAAUGCUUAUCAAGAAGAGACUCCUAAGUUACAAGAUGGUAAUGUGAAAACUAGUGAGGGAAUUUCUAAAUUAGGAGAUGACAUUAAAGUAAAGAUGGACGUCGAAGUAGAUAAUGACUGUGUUUUAGAUGCUCUUAAGGAAGCAUUUGCAACUGUUGGUUAUUCUCUUGAACCUGAAGGCCCGUCUUCAUUUGCCGAAGUUGGUAAUCCUGUCAUGGCAUUGGCAGUUUUCCUUGUGCAGUUGGUGGGUUCUGAUGUGGCUGUUGCUUCAACUCAUAACUAUAUGAAAUCCUUGUAUGGAAAUGCUCCUGGGAUUGAGAUUGCUUUAAGGUGUUGCUUUCUUCUAGAAGAUCCACUAGAUGAUAAGAAGGUAACAACUACUUCUGCGAGGGAUUUUAAAAGUGAAGGAGAUCAGCCUGACAAAAUUGUACAGCAGGAUACAACAAUGUUAGAUGAUAAAGAUUUAGAAAGCGAUCACCAGAAAAAACAACCUAACCGCAUAACAGAAAACAAAAUAGAAUUUCGCCAACUCCUAACCAACUUCCAAUAG